CCCACCGCUGCCACCCCCUCUCAACCCCAUGCACUGAGUGUCUUCUUUUACGUCCUCACUGCUCUGCAUACCGUUCUUGUGCUGUCCUCUCUCACGUCCUCUUUACGGAAGUCUCACAAACACAUAAAGCGCACCGCACCAUAGGGCAAUCCUUACAUUUUGGAGAAGAUUUACGACUCUAAGACUUUUUCAGUUUGUUAAGAUGGAACGACAACAGCAGUGGCACACGGAUAAGAGGCAUUUUAAACAAAAGUGGGAGGAUGAUUAUUUUUUUUUUGCAGAAAUCUCUUCUAAGGCUGUUUGUCUUAUUUGCCAGCAAUCCGUGGCUGUACUGAAAGAGUACAAUAUACGUCGCCACUACGAAACUAAACAUGCGGUCUUCUCCAGAUACAAAGGUGAGGCGCGACAGAAAAAAUCGAGCGAGCUGCUAUCGAAACUUCGGUCACAGCAAGCCACCCUCACGAGGUGCCUGUCCACAGCUGCUUCAAUAAUGUGCCCUUCCCAAGAAAGAGUUUUUUCCCAAAUUAGCCUCUCGCGCAACACAGUGACCCGCCGCGUUGAAGAUUUGUCUCGGGACAUUAGAGAUCAGUUAACAGUAAAGUCAAGAGACUUUGUUGCUUUCUCACUGGCAUGUGACGAGAGCACAGACAUUUCUGAUUCAGCGCAGCUUUUGGUUUUUGUUCGGGGAAUUAACGCUGACAUGGAAAUAACACAGGAGUUGGCGGGACUUGAGACGCUGCGAGGGACGACAAAAGGCGAAGAUUUGUUUGCGGCGGUUUCAAGAGUCCUGGACAAAUAUAACUUGAGUUGGGACAAAAUGGUUGGAAUAACAACUGAUGGUGCACCUGCCAUGAUUGGGAAAAAAGCUGGCCUCACUGCUCUCAUUUCCCAAAAAGUUUCAGAGUGUGGGGGAAAGGUAGCGCAAUACCACUGCAUCCUGCACCAGGAACAGCUGUGUGCAAAGACGAUCGGACUGGCAGACGUCGUGCGCGAUGUCGUUAAAAUCAUUAACUGCAUCCGCUCAAAGGCACUCUCACACCGCCAGUUCAGAGCAUUUUUGGAUGAAGUUGAUGCGCAAUACAAAGAUAUUCUUUACCAUCAGGAGGUGCGCUGGCUGAGCAGGGGGACUGUGCUCAAAAGAUUUUUUGAGUUGCGCCAACUUAUCGCGGAGUUUCUGUCGAGUGCGAGCAGGGACACACAAAUCCCCACUGAUAAAAGAUGGAUUUUCGACGUGGCCUUUAUGGUGGACAUCACCGACCUGCUCAACAAUCUGAAUGUUAAACUUCAAGGCAAAGAACAGAUCAUAACGGAGCUGUUUGACCACAUCAAGGCUUUCCAAAUGAAGCUGCAACUACUCUGCCGGCAUCUUUCAGCAGGAAACUUUGCACACUUCCCCAGCCUGAGAGACGUGAAUGUGGAGGUGGACAGGUUGCCAGAAUAUGGAGAACUUCUCAGCAACUUAAAUAAGGAGUUUAAUUUGCGCUUUGUGGACUUUAAGAAGACUGCAGGUGACAUGGAGCUUUUUUCUCAGCCCUUCAGCGUGAGUCCCGACUCAGUUCCAGAGCAUUUGCAGAUGGAGUUGAUUGAGUUUCAAUGUGACACAGAGCUAAGACGCAAAUUUGUAUCACUACCCUUGAGGGAUUUUUAUCCACAUGUGUCAAAACAAAGAUACCCACAGAUGAGAAAAAAUGCACAAGUGAUGCUAUCUCUGUUUGGCAGCACCUACAUUUGUGAGCAAACAUUUAGUCUCAUGAACCUGAACAAGAUCAAACUCAGGGGGACCCUCACAGACUCACACUUGCAAGACAUACUAACACUAUCAGUGAGUAAGCUGCAGCCCAACAUUCAGUCACUGAUUAAGUCAAAAGACCAGCUCCAUGUCUCUCAUUAAGGAUCGCAGUUUGCUGUUUUCAUUGGAAAAAAGUUUGUUUUAGUUUGUUUUUGUUUUUUAGUUGAAAAUUGCCAGUGAGGCC